AUUGCAGGUAUUGCAUUUAGCUAUUACAAUAUUUCAUAAUUAAAACGAAAAAACACUAAAAUGAAAGGCCACCCAACAAAAGAGGUUACUCACUUGAUUCACGAAAUCAAAAUCGGCAAUGUGGAAGGUUCUUACAACAUUACGGCAAAGACGCUACAAGUAUUUAAGAAAAUCAUAAAUGGACAAAGAUGGGCUAAUGCAGACGAACUCAUGAAUUUGGUGCGCACACAAGGCCACAUACUACAAUCCGCAAUUCCACAAGAGACUGUAACAGCCAACAUUGCACGACGCAUACUUAAGUUGAUACGCGAAGAAUUCGAUUUACUCAAAGCAAAGGUGCAUCAAUUCACGGAUGAUCAAGCUUCAAUGUCCUUGCACAAGCUUGUUACACAAACGAGUAAUGAUGUUAGCGUUGAUUAUACUGAACCACAACAAGGAUUGCGUGAAGCGCUCUUGGAUCACCUGCAAGAAAUGGAAACGGAGUUGGAGACAAGUUCAGAAAAUAUUUGCGCACAAGCUGAAGAGCACAUACACUCUUCUGAGGUUAUACUCACACUGGGGCACUCGCGUAGUGUUGAAAACUUUUUGAAACGUGCUGUUAAGAAGCGUCAAUUUCUAACCAUAAUUAUAGCUGAAUGUGCGCCAGAUUGUAGAGGUCACAACUUGGCAGCUAGCUUGGCAACGGGAAAUGUCGAAAUAAUUGUCAUACCUGACUCCGCCAUAUUUGCAAUGAUGUCACGCGUCAACAAAGUCAUAAUUGGCACACAUAGCGUGCUUGCAAAUGGUGGUCUGCGUGCCGCUUGCGGUUCCUACACAGUAGCGCUGGCAGCUAAACAUUACUCUGUGCCUGUUAUAGUACUCUCACCCAUGUACAAAUUGUCACCGGUACAUUUGUGUUCAAUAGAACAGGACGCAUUCAAUUUAGUAGGCUGUGCGGAAGAUGUUAUUGAAUAUGAUUCCUUAGCGUCGCAUUCUGCCAAAGUUUACAGUCCUAUAUUUGACUAUGUGCCGCCAGAGUUGGUGACACUGUUUAUAUCAAAUAUUGGCGGCCAUGCACCCUCGUAUGUCUAUCGACUUUUGACUGAACUAUACAAUCCUGAGGAUUAUGAGAUGUAAAACAAAAAUAGCGCUAUUUUUAUAAAUUAACCACUAGAAAUCCCUAGCCUUUGCUUAAUUUUAAGCUUUCGCUAAACUAAAGCACAAAUAAGUAAAAUAGCAGAAUAAAGAAAAGAAGAAAGCUGAUUGUAUUUCCAAAGUGUA